AUGGGUAAGGGAGACCCCAACAAGCCGAGGGGCAAGGCGUCCUCAUACGCCUUCUUCGUUCAGACCUGCCGGGAGGAGCACAAGAAGAAGCAACCGGACUCCCCAGUAAACUUCGCUGAGUUCUCCAAAAAGUGCUCGGAGAGAUGGAAGACCAUGUCUGCCAAAGAGAAGUCCAAGUUUGAAGACCUUGUGAAAGGAGAUAAAGCUCGGUAUGAUCGGGAGAUGAAAAAUUACUUUCCUCUCAAAGGGGAUAAGAAAGGAAAGAAAAAGGAUCCUAAUGCUCCCAAGAGACCCCCAUCUGCAUUCUUCCUCUUCUGUGCUGAACAUCGUCCAAAGAUCAAGGAACAUCCAGGCCUUUUUAUUGGAGAUACUGCUAAGAAAUUGGGGGAACUGUGGUCUGAACAGUCGGCCAAAGAUAAACUACCUUAUGAACAGAAAGUGGCUAAACUAAAGGAGAAAUAUGAAAAGGAUAUUGCAGCAUAUCGUGCCAAGGGCAAGGGAGAUGCAGGAAAGAAGGGCCCUGGCAGGCCAACAGGAUCUAAGAAGAAUGAACCUGAUGAGGAGGAAGAAGAUAAAGAUGAAGAGGAUGAGGAUGAGGAGGAUGAAGAGUAA